UCCAAAACCAAAAUCCCAAGAUGGGCAACAGUCUGAAAACCAUACUUGCUUUUGUGCCCUCUAACAAGUGCCAGAAGUACCUUCUAGAAGACCUAGAAGAAAUGCCAGUGGAUAAAAUGGUCGAUCUGAGUGGCAGACAGAUGAGGCGGCUGCCUGUGCACAUUUGCUCUUUUAGGGAACUGGUUAAGCUGUACCUGAGUGACAACAACCUGAACCAUCUGCCCCCUGAGCUGGAGCAGCUGCAAAACCUGCAGAUUUUGGCACUGGACUUCAACAACUUCAAAGCACUGCCCCUUGUUGUGUGCACACUGAAGCAGCUGUGCAUCCUCUACCUGGGCAACAACAAGCUCUGCAGCCUGCCCCUCGAGCUCCGACUCCUGCAGAACCUCAAGACCCUCUGGAUCGAGUCCAACUGCCUGCAGUACCUGCCCGAAGUGGUGUGCGAGCUCAGCCUGCUCAAGACCCUGCAUGCCGGCUCCAACGCCCUGCGCACCCUCCCUCCCCAGCUGCAGUGUCUGCAGGAGCUGCGCACCAUCUGGCUGUCAGGAAACCUGCUGUCCGAGUUCCCUCCCGUGCUCCUGGACAUGCCCUUCCUGGAGGUGAUCGACGUGGAUCGCAAUUCCAUCCAGCUCUUCCCCAGCCUUGCUCACCUGCCCGGCCUGAAGCUGGUGAUCUAUGACCACAACCCCUGCAGGAAUGCACCCAAAGUGGCCAAAGGGGUGCGCAGGGUGGGCAGAUGGUCAGAGGAGACCCCCGAGCCCCGCAAGCGAUCGGGGGCGGUGAUAGAAAUCACGCUCGACAAGAAACCACUGCUACCUCCUGCCGCCAAGUCCGAGCCAGAAGCCGAGCCCUGCUGAGGCUCAACUGCCCCUUUUGGCCAAGGUGGCAGCGCACUCCCACCGC